UUUUUUCCAUUACUCAGGCAAAUGAGGGAGGCUGAUGGGGAGGAGGCUAAAAUGCUGGUUUUUGAGAAAGUAGUUGAAGCAUCUCUGUUGUUGGAGGAGGCAUUCAUCAACUGCAGUAAAGGCAAAGCUUUCUUUGGUGGAGAUAAUGUUGGUUACCUUGAUAUAGCUCUAGGGAGUUUUGUGGGACAUUUAAGGGCGAUGGAGAUGAUGAAUGCAGCUUAUAAAGUCCUCGACGAGACCAAGACUCCUCGUCUGGCCGCAUGGGCUGAGAGGCUCUACUCAGACAGCCUUGUUAAGGAUGUUAUGCUUGACCCUCAGGAACUUGCAGAGCGUCUCAAGAAGUUCCAUGCCAUGUCAAAACCUGAUUCUAAUUGAAACAUCGUUUUCUUUGUUUUAUCAUCGUUGUUGUUAUUGGAAAGAUUCUCCAUCUUUCCUCCACAUCAGAUGCUCUUUUCUACUGAAUUUGAUUCGAAUAAUGAGCAUUUUAAACUUACAAGCUUUGGAUAUUAACAAGUUGUUGAGGUGAUUCCAUUUACAGAUCAGUGUACUAUCUGUAAAAUUAUUGAUAAGCUUUUCAUUUAGUUUACUAAACUCAAAUGUUUAUAUCAAUGAGAUUAAGAUGUACAUACUAAUUAUGAUGCUGCAGAGAUUUUUCAUCCAUAUUUACUACUGUUAGCACAGAUGUAACAAUGGUGUAUUGGUAUCAAUGAGGUUAUACUUGUGGGCCAAUUUGUGCAGCUUGAUUGCCUUCUUUUUCUCAAGGUUAUACUGAUAACAUGAAAAUGACUAUAGCGUUAAUUAAUUCUUUUGAAUGAAUAGAAAAGUCCACAAAAGAAGACUAAUUAAAGUAGGUGGUUUGGCAUUAAAUUAUUGGUCCAAUAAUGCAAGCUUCUUUUUUUGCCCUUUUUUACCCCUUGAGCUGGGAUGAUGAAAGUUAAGCACUUUGUCCAUAGCGAAAGAGAUUUGUUUUGAUCUUGAUUACAACUGUAGCAGAUAAUUUUCACAUCAUCCAUGGCAACAAGUUCUGUAAAGCUUUUAGGAGCAAGGCAGAGCCCAUUUGUGAACAGGGUUGUGAUGGCGCUUUUGAUGAAAUCCAUCAAUUAUGAGUUAGUAGAAAUGAAUCCAUACCUAAAACCUGAGCUUCUUAUCAAAACCAAUCCAGUUCACAAGAAAAUCCCAGUGCUUCUUCAUGGUGAUAGGCCAAUAUGUGAGUCUCUUAUCAUUGUUCAAUAUAUUGAUGAAGCAUGGACUAAUGGCCCUUCCAUCCUUCCUACCGAUCCCUAUGACUGCGCCAUAGCUCGAUUCUGGGCUGCUUUUUUCGAUGACAAGUUCGUUCCGUUGCUCUGGCAGAUUAGGGAGGCCGAAGGCGAAGAUGCUAAAGAGUUGGUUUUGGAGAAAAUAUUUGAAGCAUUUGUGUUGUUGGAGGAGGCAUUCAUCAACUGCAGCAAAGGCAAAGCUUUCUUUGGUGGAGAUAGUGUUGGUUACCUUGAUAUAGUUGUAGGGAGUUUUGUUGUAUACAUAAGGGUGGCUGAGAUGAUGAAUGGAAUCAAAAUCCUUGACGAAACCAAGACUCCUCGUCUGGUCGGAUGGGCCGAGAGGCUUUACUCCGACAGCUCUCUUAAGGAUGUUUUGAUGGACCCCCAAUUGCUUCUAGAACAACUCAAGAGGUUUCAGGCCAUGAUGUCAGAAGCUGCUUCUGAUUGAAAGAUUUUUUUUUUUUUUUUUUUUUUCAUUGUUUGGUUUUGUGUUUUAUCAGUGUUGUUGUUGGAAGGAUUGCCCCCUAUCGUUUAUUCUUAUCAGAUUAUCUUUUUUCUAGUGAAUUUGAUUGUGACAA